UAGGAAAAAAAACUAUCAGUGUUGCUGAAGUGUCCGUGCAAAAUGUAGGAGAAAUUUAAUCUAUAAUUUAAAUGCAUUUUAAUUCCAGGUGUUUGGAUAUAUUGUCAGAAUUAACUUUUAAUAAAUGUUAGAGGUGAAUUAAACACACUUAUUGCACAUACAUUUGAUUGUAAAGGUCUAUUCUACAGGUAAAAAUGUAAAUGUAUAGUCACCUCCAGUGUCAGUGACUUUGCUCUGGUAUGUUGGGAUCGAUCCACUAGAUUAAAAGCACAAUGCCGGUGAUGGCACGCUUUGAAACCCAAUCCAACAAAAAAAAAAUGUUAUGCAUUAACGUGCAAUUUUCGUGUUUGCCUUUUUGUUGGAUACCAAUGCGGACGCAUUUGCACAAAAUAGCUCCUCACUCUCUCACCUGCUCGGCUUGCCCUUUAACUUCAAACAUCCCAAACUAGCUGGAUUAUCAUAAAUCAGAUAGCCUAACGCGCUCAAGUCAAAAAGCCAAGCGUCUCCUGAUCCCGAUUUCACUGCUUUAUGAUCAUUUACAGGAGCGGUUCCGAGGACUGGAGCAGCCCUGAUCACAGCGCACGGGCUGUAAAUAGAUCACAUCGGACACUAAUUUGAUUUAGAGAUUCCUGCGUCUGGACCUUGAAUCUGACAAACAAAAGACAAUGAGUGUGAGACAUUUCCGUGGAAGAUUUGUUUUUAUAAAUCGGCUCCGGUACCUUGAUGGAGGACGUCCUCGAGCUUAAUGGGAGAUUUAUUGAUGAUUUUGUCGAUGAUUUGCACGUUCAGUCUCGGAGCAAAUGAAAGGGUGGGACAACGCCAUUGACUGUGACAGGCAGUCUGCGGCAUGAUUUAUCUCUGUUUGUCCAGUUUUAUCUUCAACAAUCUAUCUCGCCACAACAUGGUUUGAACCAUAAACAGAGCCUUUUUCAGUGGAGGGGCAGGAGGCUUUGCAAGAGAGGCCAUUUCACGACUUGAUUUUUUUUAUAUAUUUAACGAGGGCUAAAAGGAUACAAGCGAUUUCCAUCUGUAAAGGUUAUCGCUGACUAAAAAGUGCUUUGAAAUCGUGCACUCGUGCAUACUGAAUUAUGUGUGAAAUCUAUUUCGUGUAAGCUGCACGGUCUGUUAAUUAAACGAUGUUGUGUUUUUGCUUCUAAUUGAGCAAACCUCCUGAGCCUGAGAUUUAAAAACUAGAUUUUGCCCCUGGCACACCCCCCGAGAUAAUUAACCAACCACCACAGCCUACCUUACCAUGAGCUGCAAGUCUAUCUGCUGCUGCACUAUAAUAAUAGCUCGGAAGUGGAACAUGUCAGGGAGGAAGCCAGUGGAGCCUUAUUGAAUCUGUCAAAGAUCACCGUGUUUCUGCGUCUUUCUUUUUCUGUGAUGGGACUGCAUUUGCUAAUCAAGUGAUCCACAAUGUUAACGAGGCUUUUCAGUGAUCCUUCGCUGCUUCCCGACGUACAAAAAUAUUCCGGCUGGGCCGAAGACAGCGACAGCGACAAGAUCAAAGAGGAGGAUCAGGACACCCAGGACGGCAUGGAGGUCUCUGGUCUAAGAGGAGACAGUCGGACUCACUCAGAACACGAUGGGGAAGACGACGAGGACGACGAAGUGGAAGAAGAGGACGACGGAGAGGACACGGAGGGAGACAGGCCCAAGAAACGGGGCCCCAAAAAACGCAAAAUGACCCAGGCCAGGGUCGAGCGCUCCAAGAUGCGGCGGAUGAAAGCAAAUACUAGAGAACGCAAUCGCAUGCAUGACCUGAACUCUGCUCUGGACAAUCUGCGUAAAGUGGUGCCCUGCUACUCCAAAACACAAAAACUGUCCAAAAUUGAGACGUUACGAUUGGCCAAAAACUAUAUCUGGGCCUUGUCUGAGAUAUUACGCUCUGGGAAAAGGCCUGACCUUGUGUCCUACGUCCAGACGCUGUGCAAGGGUCUCUCCCAGCCUACAACCAACCUGGUGGCGGGAUGCCUCCAGCUGAACUCCCGCAACUUCCUCACUGAGCAGCAGUGCCAGGAGGGGGGCAGGUAUGGGUCAGGCUCCUUCUCCAUGCAUUCCUACCCUUACCAGUGCGCGCGUCUGUCUAGCCCCCACUGCCAACCGGGCUCGAACUCGCACCCGCUGAGGACACACGGCUAUUGCUCGACUUACGACUCACUGUAUGGCGGGAGCGGAUCCCCGGAGUAUAACAGUCCCGAAUAUGAGGGGCCUCUCAGUCCGCCUCUGUGCAUCAAUGGCAACUUUUCCCUGAAGCAUCAAGGCUCUGCGUCCCCCGACAACGAGAAGGGGUACCACUAUUCUAUGCAUUACUCCGGUCUGCCUGGCUCCAGACCCGCUGGGGCCCACAACCUGGUGUUUGGCUCCUCGGGGACCAGGAGCGGUAUUCAUACUGAAAACGUCCUGCCUUACCACGACAUGCACAUACACCACGAACGGGCCCCCGUGUAUGAUGAACUGAACGCGUUUUUUCACAAUUAGACGACAAGCCUAUCGUGCGUCCCCUUGCAAUCAACAAUCUAUCCACGGCACACUUUUUGACAAGCUUACCCGCCAGGAUUGAAGCAUUCUGGGGGAAAUCCUCCACUUGUUGUCAUUAGUGUUGUUCUUUUAAUUUGUUCUGUCUUAAAACAUGUUUUUGCUAUAGUCAGAGAUGUAGUGGAAGGUAGUCCACCUAACCUGCAAACUGUUAUUUUGCGCAAUGUUUCUAUCUCUAAGCGGAAAUUUGACAAACAAAUCAAGACUAAUGAGGAAAAUGGAAUUUUAAAUUGUUCAUAAUUUUAAUCUGUGGUUUGUCUUUGUAUUGGUGGUUGUCUGUAUUUUCAUGGCUGGGAGUCAAAGUUUACGCACUAAUUUAUUCACCACUACAUCACUGGCUACAGCUCUACCCUGAUAUUUGCGAUGGUUUUCUAAUAAAAUACAUGAAUAACCGAGCAAAACGACAUCACAUUUGGAAAGAUGUGUUUGUAUGUUUGUUUGGGUUUGUUUUUUUUGUUUUGUUUUUUUUUUUUAGAAAUAAUUAAAUCCAGACGAAAACAGAGGGAAAAAUCCUGAGAACUGUACUUGUUGAGUUGCUUUAGAAGAAUCUACAGCAAAUCAAUCGUUUCUGCGUCUAUGCAAAAUCUAACGAGGCCACAGAGCGAGGCAAGUAGGCCCAGAAGGACACUGUAUGUUUCAUCAGCACUGUUGCUGCACGCACGGGUGCGCGCAGACACACACACACACACACACACACACACACACACACACACACACAGGAAUAAACACGAAUCUGAAAAUGGGCUGGCCACAAUGUUCAACUUCUAAAAUAAAAACAUAAAUAAACAAAAAAAUAUAAAAAAAAAUAUAAUAAAUUACAUUGGAAUCGGAACUUUUCUUAUUUAAUUUUCUACUUCUAUUCAUACAUAUUACCGUUGCUCUUCUAAGUGAGCCAUUGCACUGUAUUUUAUUUUCAAAUCAAAUUUUUGGUUCCAUAUUUUCUAUUUGCAAUCUGCUAUGCUAAACACUUCACUAUUAUUAUUAUUGUCAUUAUUAUUAUUAUUAUUAUUAUCAUUAUUAUUGCACGUAUUUAUUGUAUUGUUUUCUAAUUAAUGUUAAUAGUGUCCGGAAAUGAAGGGAACACUGUGUUGCUGACCAUUGUUCUGUUUUUUUGCUCUUUCGUUAUUUUAAUUUAUUUAUUUUAUUAAUAUUAUUAUUGCUUUAUUUUUUGAAAAGACUCAAGUCUUUUAACUUUGUAUUCAACAAACUGUGUGGUACAAUAAAACGACGAUAAACGA